GGGCGUCCGGGCUGGCACAUCGAGUGUUCGGCCAUGGCCGGCUCCAUCCUGGGAGCGUCCAUGGACAUCCACGGAGGCGGGUUCGAUCUGCGCUUCCCACAUCACGACAACGAGCUGGCUCAGUCUGAGGCGUACUUUGAGAACGAUCACUGGGUCAGAUACUUCCUGCACACCGGUCACCUGACCAUCGCAGGCUGCAAGAUGUCCAAAUCUCUCAAGAACUUCAUCACCAUCAAGGACGCUCUGGCGAAGAACACAGGUGACCGUCAGAAACGUCCUCCGUCAGUGACCGAAGCAUCAGUGCAGCCGCUCUUUAACCCUUCAGGGCCCGCUUUAAUAUCACACACACUCGUAUCGCUCUGCAC